GACCUCCAUAUAAACCCAGUGUGAUUUCCUCUUGCCGCGACUCGCCAGUAUCUCCCCUUCUCCCACCGAGGCUCCGCUGCCCUCCUCGUCUUUCUUUUCGUAGGUUGUGAAGUGAAGAAGCAGCCAACAUGUCUCACGACAAGAAGAUGACGUCAAGCCGCAAGCAUCAUCUGAAGAGUGUGAUGCUGGCCAUCGCUGCUAACUGGAUAGAGAAUGAGAAGAAGGAACUUGUUGCUGCGAAGAAAGCCUACAUGGCUGAGCACUGUCCUGCUCCAAACACAAGCGGAGACCAGGCAGCCCUGAUUAACAUAUGCAAACAGCUGCAUGCAGCCAUUGACAAAAUUGAUGAGGACAGGUAUGAUAUCCUUACCAAAGUGGGCAAGGCUGAUAAGGAGAUCGAUGACCUGAAGAUCAAAGUCGUGGAUGUGGCGGGCGUCAAGAAGCCCGCCCUGAAGAAAGUGCGCAUGUCCGCUGACGCCAUGCUCAAAGCUCUGCUGGGCUCCAAGCACACAGUCAACAUGGACCUGAGGGCCAACCUCAAACAAGUCAAGAAGGAGGUCAAAGAGGAGCCUUCAGAGGCAGUCGGAGACUGGCGUAAGAACAUUGAAGACAAGGCUGACAGGAAGAAGAUGUUUGAGACAUCCUAAAGAAUUUAACUUCCUCCUUGUGUUUGCUCUGGGCUGCUAGCGCUUUUUAUGGAACUAGUACACAAAAUUUUAUGUUUUUAAUUGAACUGAAAUGCAUUUUGUUUCAUUAAAUCUACAAGUUUGA